UGCAUUAUCAUGAUUUUUUCAGUUAGCAAAAUAUAUCUGCCGUAACUGUAACUGUGGCGACACGGAAGAAUACAUGCUGCUAUGCGACGGUUGUGACGACAGCUAUCACCCUUAUUGUUUGAUUCAAUCAUCAGCAACUAUUAUCUCAAAAGGUGAUUGGAUGUGUCCCAAUUGUGUUGCAGAAGAAGUAUCUAAACCUAUGGUAGCUUUUGGGUUUGAACAGGCCGAGAGGGAAUAUACUUUACAACAGUUCGGAGACAUGGCUGAUAGUUUUAAGUCAGAUUAUUUUGAUAUGCCAGGUCAUAUGGUUCCAACCAGUACGGUUGAACGGGAAUUUUGGCGCAUUGUGUCUACAAUAGAUGAGGAUGUGAUGGUAGAAUAUGGAGCCGAUUUACACACGAUGGAUCAUGGGUCUGGGUUUCCUACAAAAUUAUCUUCAAACCUUUUGCAAGGGGAUAAAGAAUAUGCGGAAUCCAGUUGGAAUUUGAAUAACUUACCUGUACUUGAUGGAUCAGUUUUAGGUUAUAUUAAUGCUGAUGUAUCAGGAAUGAAGGUUCCAUGGAUGUAUGUUGGUAUGUGCUUUGCAACAUUUUGCUGGCACAACGAAGAUCACUGGGCCUAUUCUAUUAACUAUCUUCAUUGGGGUGAACCUAAAACAUGGUAUGGAGUUCCAGGUAGUGAGGCGGAAAAAUUUGAAGAAACGAUGAAAUCGGUAGCUCCCGAAUUAUUCCAUUCUCAACCGGAUUUAUUGCAUCAACUCGUCACAAUUAUGAAUCCAAAUAUUCUUAUGAAUGUUGGUGUACCAGUUUACAGGACCGAUCAGCAUGCUGGAGAAUUUGUUGUUACUUUUCCGAGGGCUUAUCAUGCAGGAUUCAACCAAGGGUAUAAUUUUGCUGAAGCAGUGAACUUUGCUCCUGCGAACUGGUUGAGAAUGGGUAGGGAAUGUAUGCUACAUUAUUCACAUUUAAAGAGAUUUUGUGUAUUUUCCCACGACGAGCUUGUUUGCAAAAUGGCGCUGGAUAAUGAUAAGCUGGAUUCAGCUGUUGCAGCUGAAACCUAUCAGGACAUGCUUGUUAUGAUGGACACUGAAAAGAAAUUACGGAAAACGCUACUUGAUUGGGGUGUCAAAAACGCAGAACGUGAAGCAUUUGAACUGCUACCAGAUGACGAAAGGCAAUGCGAAGUAUGUAAAACAACAUGUUUCUUAUCUGCAGUGACCUGUUCUUGUAUAUCAAAUACUCUUGUCUGUCUCAGACAUUGUAAAGAUUUAUGUGAAUGUCCUUCAGCAAAUAGAACUUUGAGAUAUAGAUACACUCUAGAGGAAUUGUCAAUUAUGUUGAAAGCUCUAAAAGUCAAGGCUGAAUCCUUCGAUCAUUGGCUUGCAAAAGUGAAAGAUAUUUUAGACCAAAACUCUUCAAAGACCUUCAAUUUAAGUGAUUUAAAAACUCUCCUUGACGAAGCAGAUGAGAACAAAAUCCCAAACUGUGAACUUCUUGAAAAGUUAACUAGUGCUCUUAUCGAUGUUGAAAAGUGUGCUAGUUUCAUCCAACAGUUAGAGUCACAUAGGCAUUCUGAUAAAGGCAAAUAUAAAUUACCAGUUGAAUUGCUGACAUUAUUUGGCGAUGAAAAUAAUAGCCUUGUAAGUGUUUUUGAUGAAGCCAAAAACAUAAGGGAUUUACUAACCCAAACUGAAAUAUUUACAGCAAAAAGUGAAGAGCUUCUAAGUCAAUCUUUACAACAAAAUUCCCUUGUAGAAUUAAAAGAAUGUCAAAAUCAUGGUGAUGGCUUGGGUAUAGAUCUUCCAAAUCUUCAACUUAUCAAUACAAGAAUUAAACAGGUACAAUUUAUGAAAGAAGUAGACGCUUACAGAAGAAAAUCUAACAUGAUGGAGGUUGCUUUAAUUGAAACUUUAAUUCAGCAAGGUAACUCUGUUCCACCUCAUGUUGAAAUAGAGAAAGAACUAUCUAAUCUUCAGUCAGUAGUCCAUAAAAGUCACGAAUGGGAACAAAGAGCACAAGAAUUUCUUAUGUGUCAAGAUCCGGAUAUAUUUUCCCAGGGUGCAAAGCUUCUCAAAGAUGCAUCAAAUAUUCCCUGCCAUUUACCAACAGCAUCUAUUGUUUCUGAAGCUAUUAAAAAUGGCAGAGAAUGGUUGGAACAGUUAGAAGAAAUUAACAAAGCUGAAUAUUACCCAUAUUAUAGUGCCAUAGAAGAAUUGAUAAGAAAAGGGCGUCUACUAGUGAUUCAUUUAGAAGAGUUUGAUAGAUUAAAUGAAUUCCUUAUUCUGGCUGAUGGUUGGAAAGAAGAAACUGGCAGAGUUUUUCUUAAGAAAAAUUCUCUUACAACUUUAAUAGAUACUUUGGCACCUAGAACUGAUUCACCUAAACAGGGAAAAUGCACUAUAGAUUUUACUCAUAAUAUGGAUCCAGCUACUGUCCAAGCAUUAUUUAAAAAAGCAGAACAAAGCGAAAUGUCGAUAAUAAGAAAUUUAAGACAAUUUAACCAACAAAAAUCACUAGAACCAAAUGAUCUUAGCUUCAAUUAUUGUGUCUGCGGACGAGGUGUUUCUGGUGUGAUGAUGAGAUGUGUACUCUGUCUGGAUUGGUUCCAUUCCACUUGCACUCAUCUUCCCAAAAUUGCAUCUACCAAAUUCAACAGCAAUGUUCAUAAUAUUGCUUUAAGUUUAGCAUUUGAAGAUUGCAAGUACAUAUGUUGCAAUUGCCAAAGAUCCAAAAGACCUAAACUGAAUAAAAUUCUCAGUUUACUAUUGUCUCUUCAAAAACUGCAUGUUAGAGUCCCUGAAGGUGAAGCUCUUCAAGGCUUGACUGAGAGAGCAAUGAACUGGCAAGAUAGAGCCAAACAGCUUUUGCUAACUCCUGAACUUGUGAGAGCCAAAAUCAAGUUGAAUAAUUUGCUUCAAAAGUUUGAUGCGAUACAAAAAACUAAGAUUUUUACAACUGAAAUAAAAGAAGUUUUUAAAAAUAAUGCAGUACAUGGAGAAGGUUUGGCCUAUGAUAGUAGAAUCAAUGAAUCUGAUGACGCAUCAAAAGAAUCAACAAGAAACCAGGUUAAAGAUUGUGUUGUACGUAUCACUCCAGAAGUAAGAAGGAGAAUGGAAGAAUUACUAAUGGAAGGUGAUUUAUUGGAAGUGUCCCUAGAUGAAACUGAAGCCUUGUGGAAAUUAUUUCUAAGCUCUAGAGAUCACAAGCGUGAAGUUAUGCUUAUCGACUUUGACGAUCCUCUCAAAGCAAGUCCGAAAAAACGAGGAAGAAAGAGACUUUCUAAGGAUUCCAUCAAUCCUGCUAAAAAAACAACCAAAACUACAAAAGCAAAUAGAGAAAAAAAAGGUUGCAAUAAACAAAUUCCUAAUGAAGAAGAAGUCUGUGCAGCUUAUUACUGCCAAAAACCAUCUGGAGAAAUUGUGGAUUGGGUUGAAUGCGACGCUGGUUGUGCUCAAUGGUUUCACAUGGCCUGCGUUGGUUUGUCAAUUGAAGAAAUAAAUGAAGAUGAGGAUUCUUUUAUAUGUAUGCCUUGUUCUCAAAGUACUACUUCUCGAAGCGUUAAGACAUGCAGUCCAAGAUCCCCAGACUUAACACAGCCUUCUACUUCAAAAGACGUUUCCUAGUGAUUCGAAAUGAAACUUAUAUGUUAGAGCUCUUUUAUUUGAACUGAAAUAUUGCAAUAUUACAAAAAGACUCUUGUUUGUAAGGUUAGUAAUUUCAGUUAUUGUCUAUUCGAUAGAAAUUUAUAAUUUGUUUUUGAAUUAAGCAUAACGUGUUGAUUGGACAGUGAAUUUAAACGUAAGUAAAGUGGCGGAAGAUGAAUUCUCCGCUCCGAAUCGGAUUGUUAGAGUAGAGCAGCUGGUAGGUAUAUAACAAACGAAUGUGUUAAAAAAAUAAUGGAAAUAAUAAACAUAAUGGGUACGUUUAAUUGUUAGCUGCUGAGUUGCGCUGAUUAUCGCUAAAUGCACUCAUUGACUGAUGACAUCAGAAAAAUACAAAUAAUAUGGUUUGGAAAUGGUGUAGUCUCUUAAUUUUCUAUUUUUGGAAUAGGUGGUCUUGGAAGACCAAAAAUGGUGGUGUAGUGUUGUUCAAAAUGACAACGAAACUGUUUUGACAUUUCUUCCCCUGCGGGAGUCUUUUAUAUACAAACAAAAAGAUGGAUAUUUUGUAUUCUAACUUUUCAAAUUUUGUUUUUACUGUUUUCAUGAAAUCGUUUUAUCUACACUACCAUAAUAACCUCCGUAUCUAUUAAAUUACAUAUAUUAUAUUAAAUAAUAUAUAAAUAAAAAGACUCGAAAAUAAGAGAAAAUUUAAGAAAGAAGAACAUUUUUUUCUGAGUUCUAAAGCAUAUUACCUAUUUAUAUGAAUUCCUAAAAGACUCACUGAAUUGAGUCAACUGAGUGUUGUCAUUUUGUAUCUACCAGUGAUUGGGUUUCUGCAAUUUAGUAUUAACUUUGCUGUUAUGUUACUUUAUCUUUAUCAUCUUAUAAAAUAUGUGUGAUUUAUAAUAAAUUUUUGUUUUUUCUGCUACAGGGUAUUUAUUGAUUUAUUGUUGUCUUGGAUUAUUUAUAUAAAUGUUUUAACCUAAUCUUGAAACCUAACAGAAAUAAUUAGCCUGCCUUGUCAAAGAGAAUUUGUACAUUUUUGUGACAUUGAAGCUGUUUUCAUUUGAUUUGAUUUGAUAUUUAACAUAAAGUAAAAAGUAAUAUUGCCUCAUUUUUAGAUACCUAGUAUUAUUUCUUAGCUGAAUUUUAUGUGAAAAUUAAGUACUUACCUAGUUUGUGAUAAGUUAGAUAUUUCCUACCGGUAACGUAAAUCAAAAUAAGUAGUUUGUUCUAAUUUGUCAGUAUCCACUUGAAGCAGACACUGUGUGUCAAAGCAUAAAUUGUGAUAAUAAAAUAAUUUGUGAAAAUUUAA